CAAGAGUUGGAUGCUUAACCGGCUGAGCCACCCAGGUGCCCCGCCAUCUAGAAACCCUUACUACAGUUUGAAAAAAGGGCCCUGCAUUUUCUUUUGCACUGGGCCUCAUGAAUUCUGUGCCUGGUCCUGCCUGCAGCUCUCCCCCUGCCAGGCCCCUGGGGGGCUUCUGGACUUCCUGCCUCCAUGGGAAUGUUCCCACAGGCCCCAGUCAGGAGCUCUGCCCAGGUAGUGUCCCAAGGACUCCUGAGGACAGCACUCUGGGUGGGAAGAAGACAGAGAGGUCUGACCCUGUCCCGCUAUGGCUCAAUGGCCAUCAGCAAAGACAAGAUCACGUCUGGCAAGGUCUGCAUCCUGGUCUAAGACAGAUGACCUUGAUGGCUGUAAAUAUCCCAGAAUAGCCACUCUCCUGGUGGCUCCUUCUCCUUCUCCUGCUCUGAGAAUUCUGGAGAAUUCUGGAGCCACCAGCCUGGGUGGGUUCUGAGGUCCCUGAGUGGCCACCAUCUAGUCUCUUCAGUGCCCUUUUUCAAGGGUAAGGAAGAAGCUGCCCACGAGGAUGGGGAGGAGCGCAUCUAUUUUUAACUUCCUGUCUCUGGCCAGCUCCCAGGAGUCUGGACCCUUGGCUCUGGGGCUGGACGGCCUAGAUUGUGUUUCAGACCUCACCUUCUGGCCUUAUUUCUCAGGUAAUCCAACCAGGCUGAAUCACAGACACAUUGCCAAGGCACCCAGUGGCUGGGGCAGGGCAGGUAAAAAUAACCUCAGAUAGGAGAGCCAGGGAUUGAAGCUCAUGGAUGUCCCCUUUGUCCAACCUCUGCCCCUGCCCUGGCACCUGAAACCCUUUUGACUCUGGACAUGGCUUUUUAUUCCAUAAUCAAAGAAUUCACCCGAGGAAGUGAUCUAUCUGGUGGGGAAAUUUUAUACUAAGGUGUGAAUGAUUGCUAUGAAUGAUGCUGUCCCAUUCUGCCCCGAUUCACAGGCGUGGCUGCUCUUACCCCCUUCCGGUCCCUCCUCAGCCAGGUCUCCUCUCCCCCAGGCUGUCAGGAGGGUAUCCUCCUGAGCUAGGAGCCCCUGCCAGGUCCUCACCACCUCAGGAAUUCCUCUGCUGAGAUGGCCGGCAAGUGGGGGUGUGAAAACUAAGUAGUAAACCUUUGAUUUUCAAGGAAACGAGGUUGAAGAAAGAGGAUAUGGCGGAGGUGCUCUCCCCGCUCUGCUCUGUUCCUCAUCGUGCCCACCCAUCCAGGGCCACCAGGCAUAGAGACAGGGUUAGCUUACACCGUCGGCCCACUGAGUCCUCACCCGAAACGUGUCCAGUUGGUCCUAUCGUUGCCCCCCAGCCACACCCAGCCCCGCCUGCCCCCAGGUCCCGCACUUGCAGCAGCCGUGCACCAGGCCUCCGACAAAGUGUUUCCCCAGGACAAUCAGGCAGAAAGGCCGUCCCAGCGGCCUCACGUGAGGGCUGGGGCCACUGGGUGGCACGUGUACUUCUGGAAGCUUGUCUGGCGUGCCAGGGGCUGUUUAAUAUUUACUGAGUGCUCUCAGAGCCGGUGAGACACCCGCCCCCAGAGCUCGCUCUCUGCCCUGGCAGCUGUAUCACCGGGCCAGACACGCAGCCCGAUUUCGCCAUCUGAAGGCUGCACUUCCCUGGCUGAGCCAGCAGCGCUCAGCGUGGCCACCGCGCCCGUCCCGCUGAACCUCAGACGAGAGCACUGAGCUCAGAGCUUCCCCGGGAGCCAGUGAAGCCAGGCGCGGCCGCAGCGGUGAGGGUGAGGAGGUCUCCGGGUAGAUGGCAGCGGGGACCGGCCGAGGGUACGCACCCCCCGGGGGCCGGGGACCCCUGGGAGCUGGCAGAAAGUCCAUCCACGGGAACUCCGUGAGAGCUCGAAUGCCUGCCAAAUCCUCCAAGAUGUAUGGCACGCUGCGGAAGGGGUCUGUCUGCCCGGACCCCAAGCCACAGCAGGUGAAGAAGAUCUUCGAAGCACUCAAGAGAGGCCUCAAGGAGUAUCUGUGCACCCAGCAGGCCGAGCUGGAUUACCUGUCAGGGCGCCACAAGGACACCCGCAGGAAUUCCAGGCUGGCUUUCUAUUACGACCUGGACAAGCAAACGCGCUCUGUGGAAAGGCACAUCCGGAAGAUGGAGUUUCACAUCAGCAAGGUGGACGAACUCUACGAGGGCUACUGCAUCCAGUGCCGCCUGCGCGACGGGGCCUCCAACAUGCAGAGGGCCUUCUCCAGGUGCCCGCCCAGCCGCGCCUCCCGGGAGAGCCUGCAGGAGCUGGGCCGCAGCCUGCAGGAGUGCACCGAGGACAUGUGGCUUAUCGAGGGGGCCCUGGAGGUUCACCUGGGAGAGUUCCACAUCAGGAUGAAAGGCUUCGUGGGCUAUGCACGCCUCUGUCCCGGAGACCAGUACGAGGUGCUCAUGCGCCUGGGCCGCCAGCGCUGGAAGCUGAAGGGCCGGAUCGAGUCUGACGACAGCCAGACCUGGGAGGAGGAGGAGAAGGUUUUCAUCCCCACGCUGCACGAGAACUUCGAGAUCAAGGUGACAGAGCUGAGGGGCCUGAGCUCACUGGCCGUGGGCACAGUGACCUGCGACAUCACGGACUUCUUCACGACCAGGCCGCAGGUGAUCGUGGUGGACAUCACAGAGCUGGGCACCAUCAAGCUACAGCUGGAGGUGCUGUGGAACCCGUUUGACACCGAGAGCUUCCUGGUGUCACCCAGCCCUACGGGCAAGUUCUCCAUGGGCAGCAGAAAGGGCUCCUUGUACAACUGGACACCCCCAAGCACGCCCAGCUUCCGAGAGAGGUACUACCUGUCUGUCCUGCAGCGGCCAGCGCAGCAGGCUUUGCUGCUGGGUGGGCCAAAGGCCCCUUCCAUCCUCGGCUACCUGUCCGACAGCGACCUUCGGGGGUCCGGCCUGCGGAGCCGGAGUCAGGAGCUGCCCGAGAUGGACUCUUUCAGCUCUGAGGACCCCCGAGACACUGAGACCAGCACAUCAGCAUCCACCUCAGACGUGGGGCUCCUGCCCGUGGCCAUUGGCCCCAACACCUCCAUCGAAGAGGAGGCCCAGGAGGACCCCCAAUCCCCGGGCCUCCUGCCGGAGAUGGCCCACCUGGCGGGAGGCUCAUUUGUGGAGCAGCCUGGCUGGAGGAAUUUGGGAAUAGAGGCCCCCAGCCUGCCACGGGGCUCCCCAUUCCACAACCAUACAGUCCCGGGUAGCCAGAAAGACGAUGACGAAGGAGAAGCCGAGGACGGAGCGGAUGGGCCUGGGGUGACCCUCGAGAGGCCGCUGCAAGAGGUUCUGGAUUUACUGAGGUCCAUGGAUACUGCCCAGCCCCAGCUCCGGGAGCUGGAGUACCAGGUUCUCGGCUGCAGGGACCGGCUGAAGCCCCGUGGCGCCCGCCAGGAGCACGCCUCUUCCGAGAGCCUGAUGGAGUGCAUCCUGGAGAGCUUCGCCUUCCUCAAUGCUGACCUCGCCCCGCAGGAGCUGUCCCUGUGUGGGGGCUGCCAGGGUCCCAGAAAGGACAGGAGCCCGCCCCCGCUGCCACCACGGACAGCGUCACCUCGGGAGCUGACGGCCGGCACCCCGGAGCUGGACAUGUUGCUCACCGUCCACCUCCACGUCUGCAAAACUCUGCUGCAGAAACUUGCCUCUCCUAACCUGUCGAGGAUGGUCCAGGAAUGCCUUCUGGAAGAAGCUGUGCAGCAAAAGCAGGUUCUGGAGAUGCUCUCUGUGCUGGAUUUUGAGAAGGUCAGCAAGGCAGCAUCCAUUGAAGAAAUUGUCCCCCAGGCCACACGGAGGAAGGGGUGCCUGAAGCUGUGGAGGGGGUGCACUGAGCCCGGCAGGGUCCUGUCCUGUUCCGGCACGACGCUGCUGAACCAACUCAAGAAGACGUUUCUGCACAGAGUCCGAGGGAAAUACCCGGGACAACUGGAAAUAGCAUGCCGAAGGCUCCUGGAGCAGGUGGUCAGCUGUGGUGGGUUGCUCCCCGGAGCCGGGCUCCCCGAAGAACAGACGGUCACCUGGUUCCAGUUUCACAGCUACCUGCAGAGGCAGGGGGUGUCUGACCUAGAGAAGCACUUUGCCCAGCUCACCAAAGAAGUAACACUUGCCGAGGAGCUGCAGCGUGCGGGGCAAGUCAAGACGAUCAGGAAGCUGCAGGGGAAGCGGCUGGGCCAGCUCCAGCCCCUGCCCCAGACGCUGCGGGCCUGGGCACUGCUGCAGCUGGACGGGACCCCCCGGGUGUGCAGGGCGGCUAGUGCUCGCCUGGCCAGCGCGGCACGGAACCAGAGCUUUCGGGAGAAGGCUCUGGUCUUCUAUACCAACGCCCUGAUGGAGAACGAUGGGAAACUCCAGCAGGCCGCGUGUGUGGCGCUAAAACACCUCAGGGGCAUUGAAAGCAUCGAUCAGAUCGCCAGCCUGUGCCAGUCGGACCUGGAGGCCGUGCGAACAGCAGCCCGGGAAGCCACGCUGUCAUUCGGGGAGAAAGGACGCUCAGCUUUUGAGAAGAUGGACAAACUCUGCUUGGAACCAAGAGGAGAAGCCUUUUGCCAGGAAGCGGAUAUUGAAAUCACUGUAUUUUAAGAAGCCUCAGCUGGCACCUUUGUUUUUGCUGCUGCCUUGCCUUGACCCAGAGCCAGAGCUGUGGGUGGGGGUAUGCUCUGUGCUCCCUCAGUCCCCAGACCAGUCACGCAGCCCAGGGGCACAAAUGGGACUUUGCAUAUAGGAGCAGGAAAAGGGGACGUGCGGCACUUUGAAGGCCGUUGGACUUGAGUCAAACGACCCGCUUUCAGUUUUGAGAAUCUGCCUGACCUUCCCUGGCCAGCUGCACCCCGAAGGGGCCAAGGCCAGGCGGGUUGAGGCCUGGAAUCAAAGUCUCCCUGCCGGUUGGCCUGCUCAGCACUGCUGGUUCAAUAAAGACGGGCAGUGAAGAGACAAGCGGGCUGACUGACCUUGCUAAGGAGGACGCAGUGGGUCAUUUCCAUGGCAGCAAGCCGUCACCUUGGCAAGCCGGGCAAGGUGGGAAGACAGAGCGAGCCAGGGUUUCCAUGAUUCAUGCUCUUAACCCAAGCAGUAGUCCAAACGCCCCCGUGGAGCCUGGUGGCGGCCUGCAGACCGUGGACCUUAUCGUCACUGUGUUCAACAGCACAAGGAAGAAAACGUCAUUGGCCAGGAAACCUUGUGUCGUGUCAGUAAAAGCAUCCACCGUGACCUCACUCAUCAAAAUGGAAUCGAACUUUUGAACGGAAGUCAACUUGUAGGGCCGAUUAGAUAAACUGUGUCAGAAGCCAUCAGCCGGUUUGAAGAAAGAUUUCACUGAAGAAUAUAUUUAAAGAAAGAAGAUUCGUUUCUUAUUUAAGUCUGUUAAAAAAAACCAAAACCCUCAAAUGUGUCCUGAACUGUUUUUGUGUUGAGCCGUAGAGACAACCUGGGGUACGUGACUCCUGACAAUGGCAUUGGGGAUUCUGGACUCUUCGACCUUCUCAUGUAAACUUCCUGUAUAUAUUCUGUGCUUUUCGGUUUAACUUUGUAUUUAUUUGCCUUGUUCCUAUGUUCAGUUUUUUGAAUUUCAAUUAAAAUGAAUUUUACUGGUG